AUUUUAAAUAUAGGGACACAUUUAUUAAGAGCCAGUUACUUCUUCUUCUCAUAUACUCAUAAAAAUAACAAAAGAAUUCCUUAGAAGAAGAGAAAAUUUUACACCCAAAAAAUGGCUCAAACCAUGUUACUUUCCUCUAGCUCUGUGUCCACUAGCCAUGCUUUGGAUUUGCAAAAGCACCCUUUGCUUCAUUUGCAAGUUCAAAGCCUCAAACCAAAGCCAUUUUCUCACCUUUUCUUUAGUCCACUCUCUUCAAGAAAUCCCUCUUUGGCUUCUUCAUCUUCUCGUGGAAUUUCAACUGUUUUUGCUCUCUUUAAGUCAAAAACCAAAGCCGCCCCUACUAAGAAGGUUGUGAAGGAAAAGCCAAAGGUUGAAGAUGGUAUUUUUGGAACCUCAGGAGGCAUUGGUUUUACAAAGCAGAAUGAGCUCUUUGUGGGGCGUGUUGCCAUGAUUGGAUUCGCGGCAGCCUUGUUGGGAGAAGCAAUUACAGGAAAAGGAAUUCUUUCACAGUUAAAUUUGGAAACAGGAAUUCCCAUCUAUGAAGCUGAACCACUUCUUCUGUUCUUCAUCCUCUUCACUCUGCUUGGAGCCAUCGGAGCAUUGGGUGACCGUGGUCGAUUCGUGGAUGAUCCGCCCACCGGAAUCGAAGGGGCUGUAAUUCCCCCCGGCAAAAGCUUGAGAUCUGCCUUGGGUCUUAAGGAAGGAGGUCCUCUCUUUGGAUUCACAAAGGCAAAUGAGCUGUUCGUUGGAAGAUUGGCUCAAUUGGGAUUUGCAUUCGCUCUCAUUGGAGAAAUCAUAACAGGAAAAGGAGCUCUGGCACAGUUGAACGUAGAGACCGGAGUUCCCAUUAACGAAAUCGAGCCCCUUGUGUUGUUAAACGUCCUUUUCUUCUUCAUCGCCGCCGUGAAUCCCGGAACCGGUAAAUUCAUCACGGAUGAAAAUGAAGAGGACUAAGAUGUGUAGAUUUUUCUUGUUGUGGAUCAAAAUUAAACAAACUUGUUUGUAGUCUCUUCACAAACUAAAUAGCAGUUCCUAAUUUCCUUGUCCUUUAA